AGUGACUGCUAGCACAAAAAGAAGCUGUUUAUAAACUAUUUUUUUUGAACACAUUUUUUGUUACAAUUUUUAUUUCUGUUUUAAAAUAUUAAAGAAUAGCUGUAACUUUAUUAAAUAUGGUGACAAAAAUGCUGCAAGAUGAUAAAACAUUGGAAGAUGUCAAAAUACGUUCAAUGAAUUGUGAAUUAAAUCCACUGACCAGAGCCGAUGGUUCUGCUUUGUUUGCCCAAGGGGGCACAUGUGUUAUGGCCUCUAUGUUGGGACCUGUUGAAGUGAAGUUGCAAAAUUUAAAGAUUGAUAAAGCUUAUGUAGAAUGUAUAUAUAGACCAAAGGCUGGUUUGCCUACAAUACGUGACAAAAUGCGGGAAGCGGUAAUUAAGGACACUUGCGAAGCAGCAUUAUUAACCGCCCUUCAUCCUAGAACCAUGAUUUCUGUGCAGUUGCAGGAAUUGGAUGAUAGAGGAGGUUUGGAUGCCUGUGCCAUUAAUGCAGCCUGUCUAGCUCUAGUUAUUGGUGGUGUACCUAUGAAAUUUACAGUAGCAGCUGUUCAUUGCAUUAUUGACAAGGACGGUCAACUUAUUUUAGAUCCAGAUCAAUAUCAAGCCAAGGACAAUCGUGCCAGUUUUACAUUUGUGUUUGAUUCUUUAGAACGCGAUUUGGUAACAGUCCACAGUAUGGGUUGCUUUAAAAUGGCACAUUUUAACGAUGCUCAUUUAAUGUGUCGUGCUGCUAGUGGUUUAAUAUUUGAUUUUUAUCGCAAAAUAAUGACUAAAUUUCAUAAUAAAUCUUUGACUGGGGAAAAAGAUAAUUCAGAAAGUAUGGAAGAAUAAAAUAUUUUUAUAUUUUUAUUAUAA